CAGGCUGACGUUGAUAAAGCUGUGCAGGCUGCUCGCCUUGCCUUUUCUUUGGGCUCGGUCUGGAGAAGGAUGGAUGCAUCUGAGAGAGGACGACUGCUGGCAAAACUGGCUGACUUGGUAGAGCGAGAUAGCGUCUAUUUAGCAACUAUUGAGUCGCUGAACAGUGGGAAGCCUUUCCUGCCCACCCUGUUUGUGGAUCUCCAGGCAACUAUAAAGACUCUACGGUACUUUGCUGGAUAUGCAGACAAGAUCCAUGGAACCUCCAUUCCGAUGGGUAGGAGCUUCCUUGGAGUAAAGACAGCAGCGUUUAUGGAAAUAAGAUUGAUGAAGAUUGAUUUAGAGACCAAAAUGAGAUUCUUUCGGGGUGAACAUGGUGGUUAGGAUUGGGAUUAUAAUCAACACUUAUUUGUGGUAAUUAAAUAUGAAAAGCUGUCAAAUACAAAAAUAUUAAGUACCGGUACUUGAUUUUUUUAUUUAGUACCAUUUCUUUAUCACAAAUUUC